GUUAGCUAAUAAUGACGUGACAACCAUCACAACACAAGCACUGGGGUGCUUGGGCUUGGGCUUGAACUGUGGACUCUUGACUCUUAUUAUUCAGCCGAUUCGGGUACUUUUUUUAUACUGUGUCACUGAUACUGCUGUCUGCAGGCUGUCUACAGUCUGUAUUGUUAUCACUAGUGAAAGGUUGUGAACUUUGAAGUCUGAAUCUAAAUAAUAUAAUUUUUAUUUUUUUAAUGGUAAAAUUGAAUAAGAAAAUACCACAAACAACAGUGAGAUGGGUAUUUUGACAACGGCAUUGAGUAUUAUCUCUAAGAUAGCACUCUUCCUUCUACUUCUUGCAGUUGUGCCGGGCCUGCCUCCAUAUGUUGAGUUUGAAGCUUUCAGCAUAGCUCCAUCUGUACCCCUGGAAGGUUACUUAACCCUCAACUCUCGGCUUAAUGGCGCAGAACGACUGUUUAAGGGCCAAAUCCAUGGGCCUGAGGAUCUCAAGGUUCACAAUGGCCAACUGUAUACCACCUUGCAUGGAGGCCAUGUUGUCAGAAUAGUCAACGACAAGAUAGAACCCAUAGUCAAGUUUGGUCAACAAUGUGAAGGAUUCCAUGAAGAAGACCUCUGUGGUCGUCCCUUAGGCCUGGCAUUUGAUAAAAAUGGGAUGUUGUAUGUGGCUGAUGCAUACUUUGGCAUUUUUAAAGUGGAUCCAUCAACAGGAAAAUCAGUGAAGUUGGUGUCAAUGAACGAUACAAUUGAAGGCAAGAAACCGAGGUUACCAAACGGAAUAGCGGUGGGCAGUGACGGUAGUGUCUACUGGACUGACUCGUCUACCUCUCACAGUCUCCAUGAUGGAUUAUUCAUCACCCUGGCCAGUGGCAACGGCAGAUUACUGAAAUACAGUCCAUCUACCAAAAGCAAUACAGUUCUCUUGGAUAAAAUCCAUUUUGCAAAUGGAGUCGCUCUCUCUGAUGAUGAAUCGUUCCUUGUCAUUUGUGAGACUAUAUCUCACAGACUACUCAGGUGAGUGUUUAUUGAUCAGUG